UAGCUUCUUCUUCUUCACCUCCUCCUUCCUCCUCCUCCUCUUCUUCUUCGUGCCUUUCUCUCCUCGGCUGCUCGGGGAGCCGACUCGGACUGAAUGAGACACGGAGACUUGUGCAUUGUCUUUUUUUUCUGAUUCUUCUCCUGCAACAACCAGACGAUGUCCUCCUCCUCCUCCUCUUCCUCUCCUCCUCCUCUUCCUCCUCCCGGGGACAGCAGCGCAGACCCCGGGCUGAACGGGUCCUGGGUGGAGCUGGAGAUGAACAGAGUUGCGGCCAGCUUGGCCCUGUCGUCCUCCACAGGCGGCCUGGCCCCGGCCCUGCUGCCCCUUCCUCAGGUGGAGGAAGAGGAGGCCAUGGUGGGGGGGCUGGAGCACGUCCCGUCCUCGUCCUCGAUCCACAACGGAGACAUGGAGAAGAUCCUGUUGGACGCCCAGCACGAGUCAAGCCGCAGCAACUCCUCGUGUGACAGCCCGCCGCGACCUCACAGUCCCCAGGACGACGGACAGAUCAUCUUCGACGUGGACGUGACUGGCAGGAGAGACAGCCAAUCAGAAGAGGACGUCUCGGACAAGGAGAGGGACAUGGACAUCCUGAUGAAGGACGCAGAUUGGGUCGCGGAUUGGUCCAGUCGACCGGAAAACAACCCCCCCAAGGAGUUUCACUUCCGUCAUCCUCGCCGCUCAGUAACGCUCAGCAUGAGGAAGACCGGGGCCAUGAAGAAAGGAGGCGUCUUCUCUGCCGAGUUCCUCAAAGUCUUCAUCCCCUCGCUGCUGCUAUCACACAUCCUCGCCCUGGGGCUCGGAGUCUACAUUGGAAAGAGGUUGACCACGCCCCCGGCCGGCUCCUUCUGAGGCUCCGACUGAAGAGAAGUGCCUGACGAGUGGCCACGAGUUUGGUUUUUUUGUGGGGGGGGGGAGAAAGUUUUGCUGUCGUGAAAAGAACGAACGCCCGUCUCUCCCUCCUCUGUCCCGCCUGCUCCCCCUCCUCCUGCCCGAGAUAUGACAUGAUCCCUCCCUCCCCGCCCUUCUUCGGCUGUUCUCUGACUCUUGAUACCCCCUCCCACCUCUGUCCCCCUUCCCCCCUCUCCUUUAUAUCCUUCAACCAUUUGUAUAAGCUUUUCGAUGAAUGAAUAAGGUUGUAUUUCCUGUGUUCAGAUGUUUUUAACGGGUGGGUUUCCAGGGAGGGUUCGCAGCAUUUUAAUCAAACUCUUCCACGACACACGCUGACCCAUCGAUCAUCUGACACCGAGGGAGGAUCGUCCGGUUUCAGGACCGACCACAGAUUGUGCCACAAGUCGCCCGACGCUCGACCCCAAGAAAAAGGGGGUUCGACCAAAUUCAGAGUCGGCAAACCGAAAAUGUGAUCAUGCCUUUUUGAAAGUAGCCCUUUUUGUUCAGCUUCUUAAGGUAUUAAUGCCUUAUCUUUUUGUAUUUAUUACACAACAGCGGUGGUUUAUUGAGAAGUUGUAAUGAAAUGGAGUUACCACAGUGGCCAUCACGAACCACGAGCGCUCGUCAAUUUGCACUGGGGCGGGGGGGUAGUCCGAGGCUCUAGAAGAGAGAGAUUUAUACAACACUUUUUUUUGUGUGACGGAAAUUCAAAUAGAUCCGAUUCUGCAGCCAAAGUGACAAAAACUGGAAUCCAGUGUGUGUCCCUCUCAGUGUGUGUACUAACAGUAUUGUGUGGUCGGGUUUUUGGGUAACAGAGAUGUUUGGUCCAGAGGGAUUCAGUCACUUGUUCAAAUGAGACGUCUGGUCCGAGCCGCUCGCUUCCGUCGUUCUUUGACUCCACGUCGGGCUGGAUAUUACUGAGCUGUGUUCUUUUCAUUAAGAUUUUAAAUCAUUAGAAAGGAUUUGAUCCCUCAAAGUUUGAAAACAUGAGAUAAACAGGAUAGACUUGUGUUGAAUUUUUUAGUUUUCCUGAUUUUUAUUUUGAAUAAUUAGUAGACAAGACCGGGUUUAAAACAAUAUUGAUUUGGAUUUGUCCUGAAAUCCACCAGCAGCCUCUGAGAAACAGAUUUUCACUCAUUCAGGGUGUAAUUAAUUUAUGAGAGCAUCAUUUCUUUUUACUUAAAUUUGAGUUCAAGUUGUGAAGCUCAACAUGACAAAUUCUGUUUGUAAAUGGACAUUUGCCUCGUCCCCUUAUUUAAAUAAACGAGCAUUUUGUUGUCAAAGUUUCAAGAGAAGAAAAUGCUAACGAAACCUCAGACUGCUGAAGGAACAUGUUUAGUUCCUCAUCAGAACUCGAUCUGGAAGCUUAAGAUGUAAGAACUGACUCGUCAACAUCCGCCUGAUGCGUUGUAGUGACACGUGGAACCCUGACCCCAGGCCGACUCGAGGCGGGCGGCCAUCUCUGAUAAAAGGCCCUUUAUCCACCAGCAGUGACCGUGUUGGGGCGGUGACCUUCCUGUCGUCUUCUCCAUUUCAGCCGCAGAGAUACUGCACUUUUUUGGGGGGUUUUGUUUCUUUUCAUGUGCGACAUCCAUGUUUCUGUCUGUGUUCGUACGUGCAGCAUCUGGAACUGUGAGUUUUAGUUUUUCCUGAACUCGUGAAUGCACAGAGCGGGAGCCGAGACACGUUUUGAGAAAAAAUAAGGUGUGAUAAUCACAAACCCCCUAUUGAUGAUGGCAGGGCCUGAUGUGAAUAGGAAGUGAAGGUGCGGAAAGACAAGUGUUUGUAAUGAUGCAUUUGCUUUGAUUUUCUUUUUCCCAUUACAAUGAAAAAAAGAUAAAACAUUUUGUCAUUAAACGUAACCUGAAGCUA